AUGAGUUCCUACUACGAUAUCGACGCGAUCCUCACGGAUGCGCAAAAAGUGCCCUGCACUUUUGAGCUUACAGUGCCCGGCCUGGGCUACCUCGAUGGAAACGUCGGUCAAGACAUGAAGGAAGGCACCAAGGUUGAGCUGCCGCUUUGGCUAGCAGAGAUGUUGGCUGUUAGUGCACCCGCAGCAAAUACGAGCAUGGCGACACUUGAUCUCCCUGCCGCCCUUUCUGCGCGCGUCAUGAACGCUCUGAAGGCAGAUCCACGAACAGUUGAUCUCAGGGCACUUGCACCUCACUUCUAUGCUCUAGGUGCCCGCAUGCUCGAACUCUUCGAGGAGGAAGAGAUGGGAGAGAUCCUCGCGGAAAGCUUCAAGGCACGGGCAAAAGUAAUAGCUGACCAGGCUCACAAUCCCCGGGGAGCACUUGGGGAAGGCGCAGACUUUCUAAGGGGGCUGGACGAGAACGAGAGGCAGCUGUUUCGUGCCGCCCAUGACAGUGCAAAGGCCGUACGCACAUGGAUUGCUGAAAACAAAAAGAGAUGA